GCCCGCUCCCGGGCCCGCGCCCAACGCUCAGCCGCCGGUCUCGGCGGCCCAAUGCCGUGCGUCCGCCCGGUCCUCGGCCUCCUGGCCGCCCUGGCCGCUUGUGGCGCCGUGGCCUUCCUGGCCUACUGUGUCUACUUCGACCGGAAGCGGCGUGGUGACCCGGCGUUCAGGCGCCACCUGCGGGACAAGAGAAGAGCCAGGCAGCCCCGGACCCAGGCGCGGGACGCGCAGUUGUGGGAUCUGGCAACGAAUGAAAAACUGCAAGAACGUUUUCUGAAAGAGGUACAGAUGGCAGAGCUUUGGUUAUCUAGAGGAGAGCAUGGAAUGGGGGUACAACAUCUCAGCAAUGCCCUUUCAGUAUGUACACAACCUGAAAAGCUUCUCCAUGUUUUCAAACGCACACUUCCUCCUAAAGUAUUUCAGAUGCUAUUGCACAAAAUCCCCCUUAUCUGCCAGCUGAUCACACUUCAUGGUUGAGAAUAAGCCUUAUGUUGUUGGUCAGACUCAGAACCAUUCAUGUUGGACUCUUAGUUUUUGAACAAAGUGCAAAACAAUACAGACUCCACUAGAGCCUAAUAGUCAACUCUUACACAUUCCCAAGUUAGUCUCAGAUGAGAUGUUUCCUGAAGAUAGAACAAAAUGUAGCUAGGAUAAGAAUGUGUAAUGCCCACUGACAAAAGAAGGGAAGCAAGAAAAAGAUCGUGCAUUGAAAUGAUUAGCAAGUAACUGUUUUAUGUAUUUACCAGCAAUUUGAGGCAAACAUGAAUGAACAGGAAUGCUUGGAGGAUGAUUCUGAUUGAAAACAUUUCAACGUAUCCACAGUCCAGUCAGAAUACUGUGUCCUAUACAGUAUAAACAACUGCUCAGUGAUACUUCCAUUUAUUUUACUUUUAGUAAUAAAAUUUUUUUCUACCUUA